AUGUACAGACAUUCGGCACAAGUCAAUUGCAUGUCCCAAAAUGGUCCUCCCUCGCCCGACAAUACCAGUGAUUCCGAAUCCGAUAUAAUUGAAGUCCUUGACCAGAAAAGGAAGCAAUUGGACGAGGAAAUCUUCAGAUUCAAGGCUGCCAAAGAACGAGAGUUUCGCGAAUUUGAGAGGGAUCUACGUGUGAAGAGAAAACGGUCCCCUGAUGCUCAACAGAGUUCCCAGUCAUCUCCCAACAAGCAUUUCUUCUCUUCUUCCUCCAACACCGCCUCGGUCUUGAAUUUGUUGGCCUCCGUUCAAAAUGGUGCCGCAAAUGGAUGGAGACCAUACCGGCCCAAAAGAUACGAAGAUGGAACGGGAGACAGGAUCAUAAAUCAUGCACCGCUAAGUAAGCCGACUCUUUCACUGGACAAAUUGAACAUUUCCGGCGAGACCCUACCACUGGUGAACCCUCUAGGGACACCCCCGACACCAUCGAUUUUGACUAGAUCAGUCUCUCGAUCCCCUUCACCGGGCUCAGCAAACACCACACCUCCACGUCCGCGGGUGGAACAGAUUCCUCCGCCGACACCCACGAACGAUAAAUCCGACUGCUUUGCUGGCGUCUUUACCCCGACCUAUCUUCCCCUCCUCGAAUCCCGUGACCGUACACCAUUGGCCCGGAGCCCACGACCAGAGGAGGAAAGGAAAAGACUGCAACUCGAUGCCGACGCCGAGAAGCAGGAACAACACAUGCAAUCCUCUCAAUCAUUACCGUCACGAUCUAUUUCUUCCUCGAUCGUGGCGACUAAACGAACUCAAUCGACUCCACAAUUGCCAAGCACCAGUCUACCUAGUGCCUUGAGAUCAUCUAGCGGCGGAGGGAGGAAAAGGAAACAUGUAACUUUUCAACUUGCGGAUUCCAAGGUGGUGGAACCGAGUAGUAGUUACGAGGAGAUGUCGAGCCCGGAAAUGGGUGAAAAGGAGACGAGUUUCGAUGAGAGACUCGCGAAUGGGGAUCUGAGUCUUCCAGAGGAUGAGAAAGAGGAAGAAGGUAUCAAACGGGCCGAGCGUCCUAAUUUCCUGACCGUGACUGAGAAAAGACGAGGAAGAGGACGCCGCUUUGUUUCACCCGUUCCAUCACCUCUCCCAAGCCCAUCACCAUCCCCAACGAUUAACGGCAGUACUAACUUUCCCGUUCUUGUGUCGCCCGACGAGUCCGGCUUUUCGGGCGGAUUGAUGGAAGCUGAGGAUGGAGGUAGUGGCGUCGGCUUCUUUGAGCUUGACGAGGAAUUGGCCAGUCCCGGGCUGCGUGAGGGAAAGCCCUUUACAUGGGAAUUGGAGUCAGCGCCGGAGGAACUGGACAUCAACGAAAAGAUGGGAACUAAUGAAGUCACACCUGACAGUUUUACCGCGGGAAGUGUGCCGAUUGAUAUCGUCAAACCACAUUCCAUUUCCGGCAGCUGGGUUGGGAGCUUUGGUCAUUAG